CGGGCAGGAUGCUCGCGUAGAUGCAAUCCGGCGGGUGCCUUUGUGGACCCUUGCUGCUGCUCAUGAGCGCCCCUCGUUCUCAAUCUUUUGCUGUGCAAGGUGAAACACCGGCGAAGAUGGGCGUGGCUCGAUCACAGUCCUUCGCAGGCUACCUUGAAGGUUCGGCUUCGCGACAGACGCCAGCCGCCGUAGACGAAGAGGGGGGACAAGAGGAGGCGGAGGAGCUGCCUGCCAUGCAGCAGCCAUCCACGGGGCCUGCGACUCCCCAGCGGCCCCAGGAGCUCCGGGAGCUGAGUACCGAGGUGCCAAGGGAACCCUCCUGGCCCUCGGACGGGGUGUCGUCCUGGAAGAAUGCGGAGGUGUCUACACCAACCUCUGUGUCCUCGGCUGGGAAAGCUGCUGGCGAGAGCCAGCCAACUGCACAGGGCUCCCUGGGGAACGCGGCCUGGGACGCCGCCUCUCCGGAGUCGAAGGCCGGCAGCGGAACACCCAAGAAGUGCGCGCCCAAAAAUCCCUUCUGGGUGCAGCCAGAGGUUGCAGCAAACAAGAAGGUCUCCCGCGGCAGCUGCGACGGGAUGAGCAGCUUCCUCUCCGGGGCUGCGCCCCUCCGUUGCCUCAGCGAUGUGGUUGACGCCGGCGACCGCAACUUCGAAAUCGAAAUUGCGGAGGAAGAUCUCACCACAGUGCACAUCAGCAGCUGGGAGCAACGGCUGGACUGGCGGAGCUUCCUGAGCGAGGCCGUUGCAUCCAGCCUAGCCCGGCAAGCGUUCAUGAACUUCGAUGUGGAGGCGGAGCCGCCUUCCUACCCGAGACCGCCGCCCUCGGCCAGAUCCGCCGCGGUGGCGCAUGGCGUGGCUCCAAGUGGCUCAGGUUAGCCAAGUAAAUGCUCAGACAGAGAUCUCUCAUCACGGGCGUGCACAAGAGGUUGAGCAGGGCCGGCAACUGCUUCUGGAGGCCUGCUCUGACCCGCAGGUCUCAAUCGCGUAGGGCUAACUGACCCACGCCUGGUUUCACAGCCCCUGGCUUUCAGAGUAUCAGCCAUAUUGCAGCCUCGGG